UACAAGUGUUGGUCGUUAUUACUAUAACUCUUAGUUACAUGAAUUCUUCUUAAAAUUGCAUUUAAGAAGAAUUGCAUUUACUGAAUGUGAAUUCUUCUUAAAAUGCAUGAACUCCCUAUGGAUUUUUGGAAUUGGAAUAGAACUGUGUUUCCAACAUCUAUAUUGCUUGUUUGUAUCUUCAUUUUGAUCACCACUAUGGAGUCGGCAACUUCUGAGGCUGUGGAUACAGGUUGCAGCCUCAAAAUUCAACUUUCACCUUUAUUGAAUGAUUCAAGAAGUGAAGAGGGAGACUGGGAUGAAAUCCUUCAUAACAAGUGCUGUGGAGCAGCAUUCGAUGCUUACAUCUAUGCACUCGGUUGGCGGGCAAAUCAAACUGGAAAGAUUUACUUAGAUUCUACUGAGCAAAGAAAUUGUCUGUCUAGAAUGAAAAGUUUGAAUGAUGAUGUUUUUGGUUGUGGAAUUGAGAACCUAACAAGUGGUGCUGGUGGGUGUUCUGACUUGUUGGUUUCUGAUGUUAGGAGUAGAUUAGGAAAUGAGCUUAGAAGUUUAGAUGAAAACUGUCAACAGUCAUGUUCUUUGUGCCUGAAGACCUGGAAUACAAUAGGAGGGACAGAUUCCAGAAAGACCAAUGCCAAAACUGAAAAAAUUGAAGCUGAUCUCUGUAGAAUUGCAGUUCUUGUGACAUUGAUAAGCAGCAAAAUUGAAAAUGUGAUGUAUGUCAAAACAGUUCUGAGAUGCCUUGGAGCACAACAUAUUUAUUCAGGUAUAUGGAUUGUGACUGGAGCAAUCAUAGGGGUUAUAUUGAUAAUACUUAUCACUGCAUGCUUCAUGUCUCGUAGAUACUUCAGAUCAGCCCCACCAAAAAAAGAAGUAACAUUUGGAGACAUGUUAAGGAAAACUGCCUGUCCUAGAGUUCCUAUUAAGGAAGUGUAUGCGGCCACAAACCAUCUGAAUGAAAUGAAUAUCAUUGGGAAAGGAACUUCAGAUACAUAUUACUGGGAAAUAAGAGCUACAGGAAUUGGAUAA